UAUUUAAGCAAGCAACAAUGCAUUGGAGUGUGAUUAUUGACAAAGAAUUUUCCAAGUGAUUGAACUUUUUUUAACCAGCACUUGAUGUUUUUUUAACAGUUAUAAGUGUGCCAACCUCUAGUUGAUAGUUUUACAAAGGGAUCAUGGCAAAUGUACAGAAAAGACCAAACAGAUUAUGGAACAGGAAAUUCGCAUUUCGAAGAAAUGAAACAAUUAGUUUGAAAGAUAUUCGAAUAUUCAUGAAAGAUACUCUUGCCAAGGAACAAUUAUCAUGCUCUGCAGAAAAAGAAAGACUGCGAUUGGUGGGCCUCUUGGAGGCUAGAGAGAAUUCACCAGCACCGUAUCUUGACAUGUGUCCUGCGAAAAAAUGCGAGAGCGUGAAAGAGAAUAACGAAGACGACAUCAAUAACCAGUGCUAUGAAGAGCUGUCAGAUACAAGGAGCUCUCUCACAUCGGACUACAGUCUAGGUGAGAAGAAUGAACGCAACAGGAUGGGCAUCGAUGAUUUGGGCGGCAAUCUCUACUACAACAUACCCGAUGUUUUCAUUUCCACGUACUGGGACGCUGAGAACGAGAGGCGGCGAAUUCCUGAAUCGCGUAACUCAGUGUGCAGCCUGAGUGCAUCCCAGUCAGGCAAGGGCUCAGCGGAUGGUACGGAGUCAUCGGAAUCGGUGAGUGGCUCCAGCAGCUCUCUGGCCGGCAGCACUUUCGGGGGCGGCACUGCUCCCAAAACCCCAACCACCACCACCCCCGACGGAGUUCUGGCCGUCUCGCCGUCGGCACUGCGCUACACCGCCUCCAAGUGCGGUCCGCUGUCUCGCAAAGAAAAGUUCCUGUUCCUCGACCAUCACAAGCAAUACUGGGCAGCGCUAGUGGGAAGGCUGCUCUACAUCUACACUAAUGAGAAGGAGUCAAAGCCGGUGGCAGAGAUCUGUGUUGAGAGCUACCAGGCACGGCCUGUGGCCACCAAGUCUGAGUCGCCCAAGAAAGACUGCAGUUUCGAGAUUUUCUGUCCCGGCAAUAAGACUUAUCAGUUCACCGCACCCUCCAACAACGAAAUGGACCAAUGGGUGACAGCCAUCUGUGAAGCCGGCAAGAGUGAAGCAACCGGUAUCGCUGUCACGAGCCAGCCUGAGAGCCAGACGCAGACCGGGGCACGCCAGUUGCCGUCCAUUCCCGACGAGCAGGCCCUUGUGCAGGCCUACGAUAUGCCCGAUGCCAGGGCCAGGCCUGUCGCCCCCCAACAAUACGAGCUCAUCAACACUGACGCCUAUUACCAUUGCAUUGACAACGACAAUGCUACACUCAAGCAGGUUGCUUCACAAAGAAACUCAAGAAUUGAAGAGGAGUUGACUUACGAAAAUGACGAUGUGAUCGAUGAGAACUUCUACUAUAAUGUUGUUUCUCCGUGUGAGAGUGAAAGUUUCUAUGACACAAUACCGGGAGUGACUGAAAAGAAGUUGAUGCUUGAAAGAGAAUUGCAAAUGAAGUACCUUCGAGAACAACAAAAUCUGUUGAUUCAGCAAAACGCACCUUGCAAAGACCAUGACACCAAUGAAGCUGGAGGGAAAAAAAUAACAGAUCAAGAUUCUACGGAGCAAGCACUGUAUGAAAAUCAGGAUGAAACUAGUCAACAGCUUACCACAACCCCAAAGGAGCAACCCAUCAAAAAGUCAUCGAAUUGUGAAAUUCGCACUGGACCAGUUUCAAGUAGAAUUCAACAAAUAAUACAGCGAAUUGAAGAAGCAGCCGGAACAUCAGCGAAGACUCAAAAAACUGUUCACAACGAUUUCUAUGAGCCAGUCGAUACUAGUGAUGCAAUUGCACAUUCAAGAACUAUAAGUAGGUGACAAGUUAUGUGAUAUAAUUAUGUCUAAACAAUACAAAGAUCAUCUGAAGAAAAACUGUCAAUUUUCUCACAAUUUUCACGUCAGACCAUUAAGAUCAGUAAGUUUCUUGGACGAGAUAACCUUAUUCUGCGAAUAUGGACUCUCCUUGAUCUGAUGAAACAUCUGAAAAAUUAUUGAUACUGUUAUAACUAUGCUGUAAAGUAGCCUACAAAAUCUUGUUACUAUGCAGUUGUUGUUGUCUUCUAUUUAUUGGUGAGGGAAAAUGUCAACUCUAUGUUAUGUGAAAUUUCUCCUUAAUUUGAAUUUCACGCAAUAAAUAUUCGAGUGAUGCUUCAAUAACAGAGCUGUGACAAAGUACCUCAGAUCAGGCAUAUUGACCAUAUAGAAGCCAUACAUACAUCAACGUAAUACACAUUUCAGAUCAUAGUGUAUUAUUUCCAUGAUAAAAAAGUAAUUGUUCCAUUGUCUGUGAAAUGACAAAAAUUAUCCAUGAAUUAUUUCAAUGCUUCUAAUUUAACUGUCGCUCAUGUCUCACAUAUAACGACUAACUUAUUUGAUUACAUGAAACACUUGUUUGGUUAAAGCAAGAUUUUGGCAUUAAAUACAUUGUAUUUCGUAAAUGUAUACCCUACAAUUCAGACAUCUCUGAAUUAUACUUUAUUACUUCUAGUUUCGUGGUUUGGUUAGAAACUCAAUUUACAACUGAUACGUUGGGAGACCAACAAAAAAUCAUUUUUCCACUGUGUGUUUUUCGGUGAUAAAAGUUUUUUCUGUUUUAUUAAAAAUGACGGUAUUGCUACCGAGACUGACUCCUUGUCAGUAUUGGUAUCCAAAGACUAACUUGCAACGACAACUUGGAAAUUGAAUUUCUCUGAGUCUAGAACUAAUAGAUAUAAGGUGAACAAUUGAUUUCUUUACAGAUUCCUAGAUCAGUAGGUUUUAUGCAUAGACUGCUUUUAAGAAAUAUUUUGUAUGAAUCUAUAAAUAUGUGAAUAUUUUCCCAUUAUAAAUAUAUUGUGUUAUGUGUAUCAACCUAUCAUCUGAGUUAUUACAUUUUUUCUCAUAAAUA